UCCUGUGGUCGAAAGCUGGGUCAAAUAUUUAUCGUUGUAGAUUUUUUUAUAAAGUAACUAUCGAUGAAAAAUGAUUGAAAAUUGCAACAAUACUGAAGAAAUGUGUAUUGAAGAUCCAUCAGAAAAAUCUAUUAUAUUGAGCACCACCAAUACAGAAAACAUUGAAUACAGUUCCGAAAGUUUAUUUACAUACCCGGCAUUGUUCACGAGCAAAACACUGGUAGAAUUAUGUAGUGCAUCGUGGUCCCGGUCACCUAAAGUUACACAUGAUAUACAACCUUAUCUAAGGGGUUGUAAAUGGUCACCAGACGGAACGUGUUGCUUGUGUGUGGUUAACAAUGACGGAGUGCAUGUUAUGGAACUGCCUCGUGAUCUUUACAGUGGUGAUGUUACUGCUAAUAGAACUAUAGACGUUUUAGAACCAGUUAUUCAUAUAAAGGAAGCUGGUUUGGUAUAUGACUUUUGUUGGUAUCCUGGAAUGAAUAGUAGUGUCCCUGAAAGCUGUUGUUGGAUAACAACAAAGCAAAAUGCACCAGUACAAAUGUGGGAUGCAUUUGAUGGAUCGCUCCGAUGUUCAUACAGAGGCUUCAAUGCUGUGGAUGAGAUGGAACCAGCUAUAUCAUGCACAUUUAUAGAUGAUGGUUCUAGAAUAGUAGCUGGCUAUAAGAAAGUGUUGAGGACUUUUGAUGUUGAAAGACCUGGUAGAGAAUUUUGUGAACACAAAAUAAAUUCUCCAGCUUCAUGUUUUACUACAAAUAGUAAUUUAUUAGCUGUAGGCUCUUGGAACACAAGUAUUUCUCUUUAUAACAUCAGUGAAACGGGUACAUAUAAGAGCAUUGGAAAAAUGCAUGGCCAUUCAGGUGGAGUAACACACAUGAAGUUUACAAGUGACGGUUUACGACUGGUAUCUGGUGCAAGAAAAGACCACAGAUUGUUAGUAUGGGACAUUCGCUAUUAUAGAAGGCCUUUAAACAUACUGAGUAGAGCAGUAGACACAAAUCAGAGGAUAUACUUCGAUAUAUCACCAUGUGGGAAGUAUUUAGUUACUGGUGGUAGCGACGGGAGUGUCAAAGUAUGGGAUUUGAAUAAAAUUAACUGGAAAGAUGAAUUAGAUGCUAUGGACGAUACGGAUAAUGUUUCUUAUAGAUUUCCUCUACAUAAAGACUGCUGUAAUAGUAUAUCAAUACAUCCAUGCAGACCCAUACUAGCUACUGGAUCUGGACAAUAUCAUUUUAUAGACCCUCUUAGUGCAAUAAAUAAAGAAUUAAACAAUGAAGACAAAAUGUGUAACGAAGAAAGUUUCAGCGACAUUAAAUAUUCUAAAGACGCAGAGAACAGUUUAGUGUUUUGGUGGAUAGGUGAUGUGCCUGAUUUGACGUGAAUAAUUGUGAAUUGUUAUACAAUUCAUUGUAAAUUGUUAUACAUGUGUAAUAAAUUGUAAAUACAUAUUUUU